CGCCGUGGCUGGCCUCGCCCUGGGGCGCCACAGGCACGAGCCACGGCGCAGCCGGCGCCCCCGCCCAGCAGCCGGCGGCCGGCGCCACGGGCGGUCCGCCGGCAGGGGUCGAGGGCCCGCUGGGCUACCGCCUGUACGGCUCGCAGGGCUCGGAGCCCGGCGGCUGCUCCGGCCCCUCCUCCCCGUCCUCGUGUUCCACGCCCGACGACCUGGAGGGCAUCUACUCCUUCGACGCCCGCAGGCUGGAGGAGGCCGCCCGCGCCUCGCCUCGCGCCGGCGCGGGCGGCGCCGGCAGCCCGCCGCGGGCCGGCGACCGCGGCAACGAGCCUCGGCACCAGGC